AUGGUCGGGAAUACAUACACUUAUCGUCUCGUGGACUGGAUGACCGAUAUUCUGGACAUCGAAGAAGCUGGGUUUGAUGCUAUCGCCCUCAACUUGGGCUCUGACUGUUGGCAACAAAAUUCUGUCGAGCUUGCGUACCAGGCCGUGAAUAAGCUGAGAUCGCCUGUCAAGCUAUUUCUCAGUUUGGAUAUGAGCGUGUGGUCUCAAGCCGACUCCGAUGAUGCUCAGACAUUAGCCACGUUGAUUAAUAAGUAUGCUACCAAUCCAGCUCAAUUCCUCUACAACGGCCUCCCCUUUGUCAGUACCUUCUCAGGGGACCAGUAUGGAAGCUCGUUUGGUCUUGGACUCUGCGAUGGCUGGAACGAACUCCGAUCAUACGUACCGACUAACAUGUAUUUUGUUCCCGGAUUCUUCUUUCCCGAGAGCACUGGCAUUACGAUUGCGAAUGUGAGCCAAUGCGUUGAGGGCCUCUUCCAAUGGAAUUCUGCUUGGAGCAUCGACGGAACGCCAGUCAGCUCUCAGACCGACUUGGCCUGGAUAGAAGCUUUGGGCCCGAAUAAGACUUACAUGGCGGGAAUCUCUCCUACGUUCUUCACCCAUUACGGCGCCGACAGUCUUAAUAAGAACUUUGUCUAUGGCUCGGAGAACAACUAUGCCACUCGUUGGCAACAGGUCACGAACAUCUCUGCACCCCUCGUCCAGGUCAUUACCUGGAACGAUUUCGGGGAGUCCCACUACAUUGGCCACCGCCCUGAAACUACCCAGAAUCAACCGUUCGAGAGUACUUGGGUCAAUUCGCACAAUCAUCUUCCGUGGCUGAGAAUUACCAAGCCUCAUAUUCAGGUAUACAAAAAUGGUGCACCCGACUCGCUUGCAUCGGACACCAUCGUCUGGGAAUAUCGCGUUCAUCCAGCUAAUGCUACUGCCACCGACGAUGUCCUAGACCGUCCCACCGGCACUGAAUGGUUGACUGAUAACGUCUACAUCACCGCCUACCUCGCGAACCCGGCCGAAGUACGCAUCACCGCUGGUACUCUCGAAGGCUCCUUCAACGGCAGCGCUGGGCUCAACUACUUCGUCCAGCCAUUCACUGCCGGGGCCGUUGCCGUCUCUAUGUGGCGCGAUGGUGUAAAUGUGGGCGGGACCGUCACGAACGAAGUGAACAUCACCGAUACACCGGCAUUUUACAACUACAACCCAAUUGUGGAGCAGUUCUUCCAUGAUCCUGUCUGGCAGAGUUGUUAA